ACUCGCUUGAGCAGCCAACCAACACUGAUGUAACCUUGUGUGAGAAGGUUUUCCAGACCACACUGAAGAUCAUGAAAUAAACAACGCAAAGAAUCGCAAAGCAGCAGAGCAGCAGAGCCGCCGAACCGCUAUUGAAGAUGGCGCCUCCCAAUUGGCAACUCAUUGGUGCUGUUAUCGCAAUUGUUGUUAGCAUCAUCGCUCUAGCCUUGCGUCAUCUAUUGGCAGAGAUUUUCCCAUGGUGGAUGAUUCGCAAACAGAAGAAUGCCAAGCUCGCCGCCCCUACCAAAUCCUUCAAAGGCAAGACGAUCUUGAUCACAGGCGCGAACGGCGCGUUUGGCUCCAGGGCCGCUAAGAUGAUUGCCGACCUCGGUGUUGAGAGGCUCAUCCUCGCGGAUGUCAGGGAUUGCACGGGAGUGAAGCAGCGUAUCGAAGUAGAGACGACAGCGACAAACAAGCCCGACAUUCAGGUCUGGCAUGUCGAUAUGAUGUCUUACCAGAGCUGUCGGGAGUUUGCUAAGAGGGCGCGAGCGCUCAAAAGCCUUGAUGGCGUUUUGUUGGUUGCUGGGAUACUGUCUUUCAAGCGGCAGGAGUCCCCCGAGGGAUGGGAAACAUCGAUCCAGGUCAAUUAUUUGAGCACAGCUCUUCUGGCCCUCCUUCUCCUCCCCAGCCUCAAGUCAUCGCCAUCAAAUCCCGAAGCACCAGUAUUAACCUUCGUCACGACUUUCGGACUCUAUCCAGCCUCACCCUUUAUGGGAGCGCCCAAGAGCGGAUCGUAUCUCAAGCAUCUGAGCAACAACAAGGACGGUAUGAUGCAAGCUAACCAAUACGGACGAUCCAAAGGUCUCCUCUUGUAUUUUACACGUGAGCUAGCGUCACGGGUCUCCAAAGCGCAAGGCCUUCAAGUGACAGUGAAUUCUGCCGAUCCUGGCGCUGCAUGGACUCCACUAACUGACCCCAACCGAAACAUGUUUAUCCCUCGAUUGAUCAUGGCAAUAUCAGCGAGGGAUGUUGAGAGUGGCGCCAAGGUGCUGGUCAAUGCAGCCUGUUCCACCGACCAGUCACAUGGCGGGAUUCUCUUGGAUUAUGAUCUGUGGCCGUAAGUCAGAUUUUUGCCGUGUUUAUUAGUUCAAUAUGAUUGAGCCUUACUGAACAUAAACGUCUAGGUAUCCGAACUUCAUGGAGAAGCAGAGUGGGCGCAGAUUGCAGCAGCGUAUCUGGGAUGAGACUAGAAAUGUCCUCGAAGCAGGUGUCCCAGAUGUCAUUGAUGUCUAUAAGACGGUUCCCGAUCAAUGAGAUGGGGUUAAG